AACUCCUGUCAUAGAAGAAGAGGUUUCGAAAACGGUAGUGUAGCAAUUAGCAACAUUAGCUUCAGAAAUAGAAGUCGUCGUGGUUUCCUUUGAUUUUCAAAAAUGUCAUCUUUUAUCGGCCGUGGAAAUUUAAGCUAGCGUAAGGUAUUUUUACUUGGCUUUAUGACUGCAGGUUCUUAGUCUUUGGGGAUUGAUUUCUGGACCCCUCAUAACCAUUGUUAUUAUUCAAAAGAACAAACGCUAAACUGCAGCGGUGCGCGCUGGCUUUUUCUACUUUAGCUUAUGCCGUGGCUAAUGACAAGGCUAAGAGAAAGUGAAGCCAGGUGAAUUUUCUGCGCUUUAAGUGUUCGUCCUGACAGGCAAGAUUCUUCGCUGUCCUCGUCGUCUCUGAUGACAUGAGUAGCUCCGCUCAGAGGAAGAGAAGGACUACAGGAACCCCUCUUGUGUCCAGUCCAAGUAUGAAGACCAGCAAAAUGGCUCAAUCUAACAGAGCUACCAACAGCAGAAGAGCUGCCAACAGAGCAGCUGCCUCCAAUAGAGCAACUAGAGAGACAACUGCAGCUAACACAACAGCUAAUGAGACAGCAAACAUUAGCAGCAUGCCAAAUGAACCUGACCUCCCUACAGAGACAAUCAAUGUGAUGGACAACAGAACAGAGAACGAUGUUGUUGUGGUGGAUCUCACCUGCGAAGGAUCAGAAAGUGCAGUGGUCGACUUGACCAACAACGACUCAGUGCUGGUCAUUGAUGAAGGUGUUCAGCAAAGCCAAGGUCCUAAUGCUGAGAGUUAUGUUGUCAGCAGUGAUGAAGACGAUGUCACACCUAAUGUUAUUAGUGCUGCUGUGAUGUCAUCAUAUCACAAGUCCAGGUCAACUCCAGGUACGAUCAGCUGUCCUGUCUGCCUAGACACUUAUACGGAGAUAGUCGACAGUGGCCGAUUGGUUGUCUCCACUAAAUGUGGUCACGUGUUCUGCAGCCAGUGUUUGAGAGAUGCUCUGUCAUCGUCGCACACUUGUCCCACCUGCAGGAAAAAACUCACAAAUCGACAGUACCAUCCCCUCUACGUCUGACAUCACUGUGACAUCACAUGUUAGUCCCUUCUGGAGAGAACUCACUGAUUGCCAAUACGGAAUCGUUUACAUCUGAUAUUGUGAAACCACUUCAAACAACCUGUUUCUAUCACAGUAGUGGUUCUUGGAAUCUUUUUGUUUAAAGUUUAUUUGUAUCAGACAUGUGAAACAUUUUGAUUAAUAAUGUUUGUCUUUAUUUGUUUAGUUUCUGAUCAUUAAAAGUUUAAAUAAACAUUUUUAUUAGAAUCUUUUAGGGAGAAGGGUAAUUAUAAAAGUUCACUGUAUGGACACUUGUGACUUCAGGUGAAAUACUGUGUAAAAAUCAAAGGUAAUUUAAGUGGUUUCAAAGAGAUCCAUGUGUGAACAAGGGCUAAUGGUAUAAAUACACUGCCCUGACAGUGAAACAAAGCGAAACUAGAAAUGAUUUGGGGAUGCUUGUGUUAAAUAUUCUUUUCUUCUAGUUAGAAUACCUGUGAAAUGCUUUAAAACUAUAAAUUUUAAGUAAACAUUCUACUGGUAUGAUGAACAGUUAAAUACAAAACUGUUAAUUCAAGUUUAAAGUUGGACAAACAUGACUGUGACCACAAUUCCACUUACGAGAAAUAAUACAAUACCACUGUGCAAUGCAUUUAGUUAUUUAACCUUAGCCUUCGUGACUUGUCUUGUGACUCUGACUCAUUGAAGUUAGAGGUUCUAUGACUCACGUUCACCUGACCCAAGCUCUGUUCCUGAUAGGCUCUUGAAGACAAAAUGAUGUAACCACCUGUAACUGUAAAAACAAACAAUGACUUUCAGUUAUAAUAAAGGUAUAAUAAAAAUCAUUGGUAUAAAUAA